AUGAAAUCAAUAAAGAGGAUUGGUACCGAGUUCACGGGAAGUAUUUCUCAUUCGUUUCAACCAUUUUCCUUCUUGGAGACACUAGAGUUUGAUACAAUGCUAGAGUGGGAAGAUUGGAAGUUGAUUGGAGGUACAACUGCAGAGUUUCCUCGUCUAAAACGUCUGUCACUACGACAAUGUCCAAAACUCAAAGGAAACUUACCCCUUGGACAAUUACAGAAUCUUGAAGAGAUCAUUCUUGAAGGGAUGAAAUCAUUAAAGACACUUGAUACUGGGUUUUAUGGAAGUAGCAGUUCUCGUUUGUUUCAACCAUUUCCCUUCUUGAAGACUUUGAGCUUUACGAAUAUGCAAGAGUGGGAGGAAUGGAAACUGAUUGGAGGUGCAUCUAUCGAGUUUCCUAGUCUUACACGCUUGUUACUAUGUAAUUGUCCGAAACUCAAAGGAAAUAUACCAGGAAACCUUCCUAGUCUUACAAGUUUGUCACUUAAAUAUUGUCCCAAUCUCAAACAGAUGUCGCCCAACAACUUUCCUUCCCUUGUUGAACUUGAGUUAGAGGACUGUUCUCUACUGAUGGAGGCAAGGCAUUCAUCAGAUGUGUUCAACCAAUUGAUGAUUUUCCUCAAUGCUCUUCGAAAUAUUUCCUUAAGGAAUAUUCCAUCUCUAACGUCCUUCCCGAGAAACGGUCUGCCCAAAACCAUACAGUCGCUUAAAAUCUGGAAGUGUGAGAAUCUAGAGUUCCUUCCUUACGAAUCCUUUCACAAUUACAAAUCACUUGAGCAUUUGGAAAUAUCCGAUAGUUGUAAUUCUAUGACAUCGUUUACCGUAUGCGCUCUCCCUGUCCUUAGAAGUCUAUGUAUUUACGGCAGUAAGAACCUGAAAUCGAUAUUAAUUGCAGAAGAUGUGUCGCAACAGAAACUCUUGCUUCUUAGAACCAUCAAAAUAGAGCAUUGCGAUGAACUGGAGUCAUUUUCCCUUGGUGGAUUUCCCAUUCCUAACCUCAUUCAUUUAUCUGUUUGUAAUUGUAAGAAGCUUUAUUCGCUACCAAGAUCAAUAAAUAUCCUAGCUAGUCUUGAAGAAAUGAAAAUUCACGACCUUCCAAAUCUGCAAUCGUUUUCCAUACAUGAUUUUCCUAUCAGCUUACGGGAACUGAGUGUUGGCAAUGUUGGAGGGGUUUUGUGGAAUACAACUUGGGAACGUCUUACUUCUCUUUUAGAGUUGCUAAUUUGGGGUGAUGACAUUGUGAAUGUGCUGAUGAAAACGGAAGUUCCAUUGCUACCUGCUUCUCUCGUCUCUUUAAAGAUCUCUUUACUUGAAGACAUAAAAUGCUUGGAUGGGAAGUGGCUUCAACAUCUCACCUCUCUCCAACAUUUUGAUAUUAUUGAUGCUCCCAAGCUCAAGUCGUUGCCAAAAAAGGGGAAGUUGCCUUCCUCCCUUAAAGUGUUGAAUAUCAAAAAGUGUCCGUUGUUGAAAGCAAGUUGGCAGAAGAAGCGAGGGAAAGAGUGGCGUAAGAUUGCUCACAUUCCAUCGGUACUUAUCAAUGGACAAAUGAUCACAUGA